AUGCCCGGGCCUCUGAAAGAGUCCUCGGGCCCAGUACAGUCCAUUCGCCGCACGGUUACUCUUCCGACGAAGUUAAACCCACAGGCGCAACGCGGUUCGGCGGCGCCAAAUCUCUCAGAAAACGUCAUCUUCUAUCAUCCCUCCGCGAAGAUCGUUCAUUUCGCGCCCAGGGCACUCGUACCCAUCCCGUCAAGUUCCGCGCCGUCCGAUUUCGACUAUCCCGUUGACACGAUCGAGACCCUCCCCUGGCGCUCGGCCACCGAACGAACCGUCGCAACUGCACCCCUCAGGCUGGAAAGAGGGUUGACUGUGUUUUUGAAAUGCGGAAAUGUCGUUCAUGCGAUCUUGAAAAACUCACAAUGCUGGUGUGUGGAUGGCGUCUCGAAAUUCGUGUUGCGCAUUCGCCCUCUCACCUAUUAUCGGAUCGAGUUACCACAUGAGACUGCGGAGGAUAUGGCGCUAGUGGAGGAUCUCAAGACUGCGUUGCCGACUGUGCUUCGAUAUGAAGUCACACCAUGCCCCUUUAAGCGCGCGUUUACUGUUGACUUGCCCGAGGAAGCCACGGCACCACGGCGCAAGAAGGCAUGGAGACCCAAGGAACGCAGAGAUGGCGUUCCUUUACUCUCGGCAACCAACCAAGGUUUCCUUUGCGAUGGCAAGACGGACUGGCUAGAUUCUGCUAGUACUGGCGACGACACGGAUGGAGCUGCUACAGACGACAGUGGGUUGACUCCCCAAAGAACUCGCAGCACGACGUCAGAGGCUGUACCGGGUGGUGAUGAAUCGCCAGUUUUUACCAAUGAUUACGGUACAACCCUUAACCCCGCGCCAGCCAGACGCUCCGUAACGGAAACGCCGCAGACUUUCACUAGCCUGCGGGCGAAAUUCGACGCAACUCCUGUUCUCGAAGAAUCUUCGGUCUCUGAUGAGCCGGAGACUAAGGAAGAGGCUCGGAAACUUGAUGAACCCGUACCUGCCAGGGAGCCAGUGGUUCAGGAGACCAGCAAAACGGACGAAUCUCCUAGCCUAGAAGACCCUAUCGAGCCCGCAGUAGCUUCAGCAGUGGGCGACGCUCUCAAAUCCCCGGAUACUUCGUCUCCCGAAGAAACCGCGGAGCUACCAGCCACGUUGCGAGAAGAAACCUCCUCCGCAGAUGACUUGCAAUGCCGGUCCGUGCUCCCAACAGCUGUGGAGGCUACUGUCGGGGAGGAUGUAUCAAGUGCUGUUCACAUCACCCGUUCUGACGAGACCGAAGAUGAGCCUGGGCCCAAAGCCAUUCAGGAAUCUGAAGAUGCUCCUGUGCAAGCGGAAACUCCAGCCUCGGCAGAAACCGACGCUCCUGAACAGAUUUUGAUUCCACAGGAUCUCGUCUCGGAAAGCUGCUCGCUUCCCGAUGAAGAUUCUGGUUCAGAGGCAGACCAUGACAGCUCUUUUUCGUCUACGCCGGAAUCAUUCCAUUCCGUCGAUCUUCCUUCGUUGCAAAGAGUAUCCUCUUCCCAUAUAAAUUAUACGGAAACUCACGACGAUGCCCUCAAACCAGGAACUUCCGUUGCUGCUUCUGUGGCCGAGCUCUCUGCAAAGCAAGCUUCUAUAGCCGUAUCAUCCGAGAAUAACCUGUCUUCAGGAAUGGAUGUUGCCAAAGCCCGCUGUUCGCCGAAGCAAGCUGAAAGCAAUGCUCCGCAGCCGGAACUGAAGAUGCCAAAGUACAUAGUCCGAGAGGAUCCACCGAAGAAGCCGUCGUUGGGAAUCCCUUCGGGCAAAAAAUUGGCUGUUACUAGUGCGACCUCACCGGUCACAGAUUUCCAACAUAUGAGCACUGAAUUCCGUCGCCGGGCACAGGCAACCAGACGACGUGAUGUCUCCCCUAUGCCACCAUCCUCGACCAUUUACCAACCUCCCCCGAACGACCACGCUUCUUCACUCCUUACAAAAGCGUUGUCGCUCGUGUUGGUACCACCAAUUCACCUUUUCAUUAUUCUGCUCCACGUUGCGGCUCGCAUCGUCAUCAGCCCCGCACUCAACUCUACUCUUGGUGAUUCCAGCUCAGGAUCCCAAUCAUCUAAUAAAAAGCCCCUUACUGAGGAUGACUUCAGUUUCCCCUUGGAACGUGAGGCGUCUUCCGAAUAUGAAGAUGCCGAGAUGUCCAGGAAACUGGAUCCCUGGGAUCUUGACUAA